AUGGCGGCAGCGUCAUCCAUCCGGCCGCCGAGCGUCCACUCCUCUCUUGCCCGGGAGAGUGCACUUUCCCCGGGGAUGAACAGCCCCGAGAGCCAGCAGCUGGAGGAUGAAGAGGCGGCGGCGGCGGCGGCAGGAGCGGGUACGGCAACGCAACCAUCGGAGCCGUGGACGAGUCUCCGUGACUUGCCCCAGCUGGAGCCGGAGGAGAUUGAGAGAAGGCUCGCUAAAACUCGCCAAGAGCUUAGCAACAGGCGGAAAAUACUCAUUAAAAACCUCCCGCCCGACACCACGAACCAGGAGGUCCACGAAAUCCUGAAAGAAUAUGAACUUAAAUACUGCUUUGUUGAUCGGAAUAAAGGAACAGCCUUUGUGACUUUGCUGAACGGGGACCAGGCUCAGGAUGCCAUCCGCUCCCUCCAUCACAGCACUGUCCGGGGACGGCUGAUCAAUGUCACCCUGCAGCCGACAGACUCUCUGCUCUGCCUCACCAACCUGCCGCACACCUUCACUGCUCAGGAGUUUGAGGAUCUAGUACGUUCUUACGGAAACAUCGAGCGCUCCUUUCUGGUGUAUAGCGACCUGACUGGCCACUCCAAGGGCUAUGGAUUCGUCGAGUACAUGAAGAAAGACUCUGCUUCGCGGGCCCGUUCUGAGUUGCUGGGAAGACCAAUGGGGGAUCGAUCAUUGAUGGUGCAAUGGAUGGACGUCAAUCAACUGUGCCAGGAAGAGAACCUGCACUCCAAAUGUGUGUGUGUGGACAGGCUUCCUCUUGACCUCUGUGACUCUGAAGAGAUGACCCAAAUCUUCUCAGAGACCUACAAACCUGUCUUCUGUCAACUUGCCCAGGAUGAGGGAAGUCCAGUGCGAGGAUUCGGGGUGGUGGAGUACGAGUGUGCAGAGCAGGCAGAGUUGGUGCUGACUGAAAUGGACAGAAAAUUGGUGGGAGGACAGGAGGUCCGUCUGUCUCUCUGCACCCCUGGCACCUCAGGGAGAAGCACCCUGGCUGCACUUAUUGCCGCCCAGGGUAUGAUUCUAAGUAACAGGAAAGGCCUGCUGCCUGAACCGAACCUAGCUCAACUGUUGACCAGUAUGACAAACCCGGCAGCCUUGCAGAUUCUCAUGAGACCUUAUCACAGUGGGAAACGGGGAGGGAAGUAUGGCCGGCACACGAACCUCCCGUUCCUCAGACCACCGCUCACCGCUGCUCUUCUUACACUUGGAAAAGCUCAUCAGAGUACCAUGUUUGGUAAUGGACUCGUUCUUCAGAACCUCCUGCACAUGCAGCUUGCCCAGCAGCAGCUUUUACACAUUAAAGACAAGUGCAUCAGCAGUGCCUCGAGUCUCCUGGGAGAUCCAUCCAGGUUACUGAUGCAGAAAACAUUACCUCUGAGGGCUCCAGGCCUCAUAGCACUUGGGAAAGGCCUUCUGGGAGACUCCCCUUCAGUGCCGGAGUUUUGCCAUGAGUCUGUACCAGCAUCAACUCACAAUGCCACUGUAGUGGUGUCAGCAGCAGGUGUGAUGCCUUACCUCCAACCUCGACCCGGUGGAGGAGAACAAAACGGCAUCCAGUCCAUCUGCACAGUUUCCGCUGCCUCCUCUUCCUCGGUCCCGUCUUGUUCCCCCUCCUCCAGCUCUGGUGAUAGGCAGGCUGUCCCUCCAGGGAAUAUGAUUCAGGGACAGAGCUACUCUUUGGGGCCGAAUAACACGGGCCUGUGUGCCGCUCCACCCAACCCCCCAGGGGGCGUUUAUACAUCCACGGGGCAUCACAACAGUUCAGAUGGCUCCCCACUUGCAAACAUGGUGAGCAACGGUCAAAGUUCUCUGCUUGGUGAGCCUCCCAAAGAUGUCAGACUGCCUUCUAAUCCGUACCUGAAUCUAGCAAGUGUAAUGCCAGGGGUUGUUCUGCAAGGGUCACUAGGCAGUAAAGCCCUGACAGGACAGCCUGCUUCCAGCAUGUACGGCAGCUCAGCGACCCCUGUUGUCUCCCAGAGUAGUGGCUCCUUCUCCCACAAUGCAGCUGCUUCAACCACCACCUCAUACAACACUGACACGUCCUCUGAUUACAACCAUUACAACCAGGCAUACACCCAGUGGUACCAGCAAUACCAAACAGCACAAGGCUACCACUCUGGAACACCACAGGACAACUCAGCCGUUGAUUACGCAAAGGACCACUCACAGGUUCCACCAGUUUCUUCCUAUAGUGAUUACAAUUCCUACAUGCAGACAGUCACUCAGUACUACUCACAGCCUACAGCUACUCAGGCCUAUGCCAGCAAGGAGGCAGAUGUGUGUAAGCCUCUCGGCGUGGCUCUUCAUGCCGUCAACAGUGGCGUGGCCGCGCCCCCGCCUGUCCUACCAACUGCUGCCGUGCUGCCAGCCUACAGCACCCUGCCUCUGAUGCCUGGUUUCCUUGGGGCACCGCACCCAAUGACGGCUACGCCGAGUCCCGUUACACAUGCGCAAGCUGCCGCAACAGAUUGGAACACCUAUUAUUAUAACCAGACACGGGGCCACAAGAGGGAGUACCCCCAGUUGGCGGUACAGGAAGUGGCAUCAUCCGACGGCGGCUACAUCGGGCAGCACUCCCAAGGUCUUGGAGGGCAGUAUGCUGAUUAUUUCAAGAGGAAGAGGCUGUAG